AUGUCUGAAAGUUUGUCAUACUUGAAGAAUGUAUUACACAGAACAAUAGAAACAUUAAAGUUUCUAACUCCCAGAGGUUUGGCAAUAAGAGGCUCAAAUGAAACACUUGGAUCUGUGAAUAAUGGUAAUUAUCGCGGCUACUUAGAACUUAUAGAUAAAUUUGGUCCGUUUAUAAGUCAACAUUUAAUAAAAUAUGGAAAUAAAGGUCGUGGUAAUGUCUCUUAUAUAUUAUCAACAAUUUGUACAGAAUUUAUUAUGAUUAUGGGAGAAGCUGUUAUUAAAGAAAUAAUCAAUCAAAUUCAAUCAAGGAAAUAUUUCUCCAUUAUUGUUAACUCAACUUCAGACAUAACUUAA